GACGGGGGCGAUGAUGGGAUGUGUUCACACUUGAGCGUGAAAGCAAAAGAGAGAAAACAUGGGGUCUCUCUCGUUGCCCGACUUCCCGGCGAAGCAAGAAUCCACGGAUAUUGAUCCGACCAAUUUGAUGAACCUCUUCAAAGCUCAGCAGAAAUACCUCAACCAUUUCUUCCAGAACCUCGAUCUCUCCCAGACGCUCACCUUCGCCCACACCCUCCUUAAUGCCAAGGGCACCAUUAUCUUCACCGGCGUCGGAAAAUCCGGAUUCGUCGCCCAGAAGAUCUCUCAGACUCUGGUCUCUCUUGGUAUUAAGUCUGGGGUUUUGUCCCCUCUGGACGCGCUCCACGGAGAUAUUGGCGUUUUGGCUCCCGGGGAUCUGCUCGUGAUGUUCAGCAAGAGCGGGAACACAGAGGAGUUGAUUAGGCUCGUUCCGUGCGCGAAGGCUAAAGGGGUGUUUUUGAUCUCCGUGACCUCAGUGAAGCCCAAUUCCUUGAUGGGUUUCUGCGAUCUCAACGUGCAUUUGCCUCUGGAGAGAGAAUUGUGCCCUUUUGAUUUGGCUCCUGUAACGUCUACAGCCAUCCAGAUGGUGUUCGGAGACACAGUGGCGAUUGCCUUGAUGGCCGCCAGGAACAUGAGCCGGGACGACUAUGCUGCCAACCACCCCGCUGGCAGAAUCGGGAAGAGCUUGAUCUUCAAGGUAAAGGAUGUAAUGAAGAAGAAUGAAGAACUUCCAAUUUGUAAGGAAGGUGAUCUCAUUAUGGACCAGUUAGUAGAGUUGACUAGUAAAGGAUGCGGAUGCCUCCUUGUUAUCGAUUGUGAUUAUCAUCUGCAAGGAACGUUCACUGAUGGCGACUUGCGGCGCACACUGAAAGCUAGUGGUGAAGGGAUCUUUAAACUCACAGUGGGCGAGAUGUGUAACAGGUAAUCUCUUAAAUAUGCUUAUACAGAGCAUUACUGAAGUUAUAUUUGAAGGCUAAAUAGAAGCAAAACCGUUGGCAUAUUAAUAUUUGUUCCACAUUUUAGAUGCAAUAGAGUCACACAAAUGGGAAGCCUAUUUCAAAUGUUCUAAUUGAAAUUAUAUAUGCAGCAUCUGAGUCUUCUGCCUCCAUAGAAAUUUCCUAUUGCUGUUUUGUAUCAAAAUGUGGCAUAGGGUCCUCUAGUAGCAAUCCCACUUCAAAAUAAAGCCGUAGAUAGACCACCUCAACUCAUGCAGUGCCAGAAAUCUAACCCAAAAAUAUCCCAAGGUAUCUUAACCACCUUGAUGCAAUAAAGCCGAAAGACUAUAUACAUUAGCCUAGAUAAUAAAGAUAUAUAUUUACACAAAUAACUUGAAAGUAAUAAAUCAUGAAGGUAAUAUAUUUUUUCCUUGAUUUUAUAGGUAGCCAAAAUGUCAAUAGUGAUUUCAAGUGUCCUUUUACCAACAGAACUUCAGAACCACCUAAAAACAUCAUGGGACAGGGGAGGAUAACAUUAGCAUAAGCAUAGGUAAUAACAAUAAUUGAUAUUUUACUAAAGUAUUAAGGUGUAUUAAUAUUAAAAGUAGGAGUAUUUUACCUUCGUGUAAAGGGGUUCAUACUUCUUCUGGUAUUUAGCUUCAAAUGUUGCCCUUUAAAAAAACAUGGCCUAGUUCAUUAUGCUUGUUCUGCAAAAGAUUUAGUACCACUAUGAAAUAGAAUACUUACAACUAUGAUUGAGACAUUUGGAUUUUGGAUCAUUGGUGAGUCAUGUACACUUCCAGGACAGGGUUACAAUUAUCCUUCACAAUAGAAACUUUCACUUUCUGCAAUAGAGACUUUACACAAUU